AUGCUGUUGAAUCUUGGCCUUACAGCGGAUGCCGCAGCAGCCCACGCAAAUGAACCUAGUAACCAACCAGACACUCAGCUUUCUACGUGUGCUACCUACUCGCCUACCUUCUUACUGUCUGCUCUGCCAUUGUUGAACUCCUUCUGCAGUCCGCCCCGGCUUCCUGAUGGUUCUACUGAUUGUCCGGGGCUUGUAUCCGCUAUGGUGAUGAGUCCGAUUGAGUCGGCCUCGAGUUCCGGUGAAGCCUCCAAUGAAUCGUCUGCUGUUGUCGCCAGGCCCCGAGUUUCCCGUUCAGCCACAGGUCGGAAGUCUCGACCCAAGACGUCAUACCAAUUCGCCCAUCCCGCCGCUCAUGCUCGCCACAAGCGGUUGAGGUUUCGUCCUAAGCUCCUCCUGCAGCUACAACAGGUGUCACAAGCCCCUCGGCCGCUACCGGUUGUGGAUGUCCUGCCAUCGACGUCUUACCUGCCAUUAAUAGCCCGCAAGUUCCCGGCCAUCUAUCGGACCAGAAACGGAUUGGGUCCGUAUGACCUGAUCGUGGUGUUGAGCGAACAAUACGACCGGACGGUGGGCAGCAUUCCUGAAAAACGUGUCAGCUCGGAGGAUGAGGACGAAGAUCAUCGCGAGGUAGUUGCCACAAUCUGUCAAAAGUAUCAAGAAGAUGCUCGACUGAAAGGGAAAGCGGAGAUAUGUCUGAAUUUCGGGCCUGUCUGGGAGGCUUCGCCUCUCCCAAGCGGGUCUUACGAGUUUGUCGCCCAGACAGAGAGCGGUGUGCAGAUCAUGCGGUGGGCUUUGCGUGGUGGGAGGAAUCGCCGGAUGACGACGCCAGGGACACAAUCGCGCGAGGACGGCAAACGCUUCACUUUCAGCGUCAUCGAUCCUACCACUCGCCGACAUCCCGUUCUCGCGUCCAUGACUCGAAAUCAGUUAGAAGUCAACGACGAAUACUCCGCGGCUGUUCGGUCCGGCACCGGUCCCACGACUCCAAGCUCAGGAAUGUCGGUCGUGAGUGAUGCCUCGGAUGCAGACACUCCCCUCGAUGGAGGCUCAGUCACUCUUGAUGAUGGACUGCGAACUUUGAUUGUCAUCACCGGCAUCUGGGUCGCCUUCCGUGAGGGAUGGUCAGACAACUUCCGCUACGGCGAUGCGGUCUCUUCAUCCAGUGCAAAGUCGAGUAUGUCUCCAACUUCCGUGAAGUUUACAUCUCCGACGACCGCCAAGAAUGAAACCGACUCUUUCCCGGAUAACGAUGAAGACGGCAAACGCUGCUUGUCGGUUUCCAAUAUCCGCCGUUCCACCACCCCAGCCCCCGUGGAUGGAACCAAAUCCACUAGUUUGUCCAAACGCUCCAACUCCACUGGUGCUGCAUUCAUGGAUCGAGCGAAACGAAGAUCCGCUUCUGGGCUUAGCACUCGCCUGAACCGACACAGUAUGUUCACUGCCUUGGGCGAGAACGGCCGAGAUAUCGUUGUCUCUCGUCCUCCUUCUCCUCACCAACAAUCUGCUGAGGUGGAAGAUUCAUAUCGAGCUGGUCAUCCUAAAGCGAAGUCUCCUGCAAAAGCCCAGCCGGAAACAGAAAAUGUUGGAUCAGAUACGAUGGCAGGUCGAGACCCUGCGUCAAAUUCCCGCAUCAAACAGCAUGGUAGCACCCACAAGAAGAAACCGGAUGCUCCAGCCCCCGAAACUGUCGACUCAACUUCCAACAAGGGCAAGGUUCGCCGCCGUCUCAGCACCUUCUUUGGCAUUUUUCACCGAAAACACGAUACUCAUUGA